AUCAGAAUCGUAACAUCCGGGUGACGUCAUCAUCCCUUACCCGGUAACUCCUCUUACCGGACUUUACUAAAUUCCUCUCUUAACGCGAGGUAACUUUUUUCUAAUUAUGGCCGACCAAACUGUCGUGGAGAAAAUGAGCGAAUUGAAGGUGGGCGAGAAAAAGAAGGGGGGACCUGAGAGUGCCAAAGAUGGAGGAAAGAAGAAGGCUAAAGGUGCUGCAGGGGAGUCUGCAGGCCGAGCUGAGCUCACGCCAGCCCCCCAGUACAUCGAUGAGCGUCUUUCUCUGUACGCUAAGCUGAAAGCGGAGCACGAAGCGCUGAUGGCAGAGAGGGCUGCAGAGAACAGCCGAGCCAUCAAGGUGACUCUGCCCGACGGAAAGGUGGUGGAUGCCGAGUCCUGGAAGACCACGCCGUACCAGGUGGCCUGUGGAAUCAGUCAAGGCCUUGCUGACAACACGGUGAUUGCUAAGGUGAACGGCGUUGUGUGGGACUUGGACCGACCGCUGGAGGACGCCUGCAGCCUUCAGUUGCUCAAGUUUGAUGAUGAGGAGGCUCAAGCUGUUUACUGGCAUUCCAGCGCCCACAUCUUGGGUGAAGCCAUGGAGAGGGUGUACGGCGGCUGCCUCUGCUACGGACCCCCGAUCGAGAGCGGCUUCUACUACGACAUGUUCCUGGAGAACAGCGAGGGCGUAUCGAGCAAUGACUUCCCGGGUUUGGAGACCCUCUGCAAGAAGAUCAUCAAGGAGAAGCAGCCAUUUGAGAGGUUGGAGAUAAAGAAGGAAACUCUGCUGGAAAUGUUCAAGUACAACAAGUUCAAGUGCCGCAUUCUCAAUGAGAAGGUCACCACCCCCACCACCACCGUUUACAGGUGUGGCCCUUUGAUUGACUUGUGUCGCGGGCCCCAUGUGAGACAUACAGGAAAGAUCAAAGCGCUGAAGAUCCACAAGAAUUCGUCUACAUACUGGGAGGGUAAGGCGGACAUGGAAACCCUCCAGAGGAUCUACGGAAUCUCCUUCCCCGACCCCAAGAUGCUCAAAGACUGGGAGAAGUUUCAGGAGGAGGCCAAGAACAGAGAUCACCGCAAACUGGGCAGGGAGCAGGACCUGUUCUUCUUCCAUGACCUGAGUCCGGGGAGCUGCUUCUUCCUGCCUAAGGGGGCCUUCAUCUACAACACCCUGAUCGAGUUCAUCAGAAGUGAGUACAGGAGGAGGGGUUUCCAGGAGGUGGUGACGCCCAACAUCUACAACAGCAAGCUGUGGCAGACCUCCGGCCACUGGCAGCACUACAGCGACAACAUGUUCUCCUUCGAGGCCGAGAAGGAGACCUUCGCCCUCAAACCCAUGAACUGCCCGGGACACUGCCUGAUGUUCGAUCACCGGCCUCGCUCCUGGAGAGAGUUGCCCAUUCGCAUGGCCGACUUCGGCGUGCUGCACAGGAACGAGCUGUCAGGAGCCCUGACUGGCCUCACGCGGGUCCGCCGCUUCCAGCAGGACGACGCUCACAUCUUCUGCACCAUGGACCAGAUUGAGGAGGAGAUCAAGGGCUGCCUGGACUUCCUACGCACCGUGUACGAGGUCUUCGGGUUCACGUUCAAACUCAACCUCUCCACCCGGCCAGAGAAGUUCCUGGGGGACCCGGCCGUCUGGGAGCAAGCAGAGAAGCAACUGGAGAACAGCUUGAACGACUUUGGGGAGAAAUGGGUGCUGAACCCGGGCGACGGAGCGUUCUACGGGCCGAAGAUCGACAUCCAGAUCAAGGACGCCAUCGGCCGCUACCACCAGUGUGCCACCAUCCAGCUGGACUUCCAGCUUCCGAUCCGCUUCAACCUCUCCUUCGUCAGCCAAGACGGCGAGGACAAGAAGCGUCCGGUGAUCAUCCACAGAGCCAUCCUGGGAUCGGUCGAGAGGAUGAUCGCCAUUCUGACGGAGAACUACGGAGGCAAAUGGCCGCUGUGGCUCUCUCCCCGUCAGGUGAUGGUGGUUCCCGUGGGACCGACCUGUGAAGAAUACGCUCAGAAGGUCAAACAGGAGUUCCACAACAAGGGCUUCAUGAGUGAUGUGGAUCUGGACCCCGGCUGCACGCUGAACAAGAAGAUCAGAAACGCACAGUUGGCGCAGUACAACUUCAUCCUGGUGGUUGGGGAGAAGGAGAAGACCAGCAACACUGUGAACGUGCGCACCCGGGACAACAAAGUGCACGGCGAGCGCACCGUGGAGGAGUGCGCCGAGCGACUCCAGCACCUCAAGACCUGCAGGAGCCUCAAUGCUGAGGAGGACUUCUGAUCUCUGUCUCUCUGUCUGUCAGCUCGUUCUUCUCUCAACAAUAUAUCGACUGUGGUAACUACCUGGGCCAUGUGGUCAAAAUCUGUUUUUGACUGAACUACUUUUCACAUUGCGGCCUAGUCUCUCCUUUUUGUCCUCUUGGAAAUCACAUUAUUUUACAUUUAAUAAUUUCUUCUGGUGUCUUCCUUGAGUUGCUGUGUUUUUGGUCUGUAUUCUUCUGCUUACAGACAAAUGCAGCCCCGAUGAUUGGGUCUUUGAACAGAGAAUGGAUGAGCUGAUUUAAAACACUGGGAAAUGAAUUUGUUACGCUGUCUUAACAGUUUGUAUCAAUCACUUUCUUCAGGGAAUUGUACGAGUUACAAUUUUGAUAAUAAAAUGGUUUAUUCUUAA